GGGCACAGGCCUGGGCGGGGCUGCAGUGGGCACAGCUCACACAGAGGAGAGAGUGUGCGGCGGGCACGCGAAAGGGAAAGGAAGGCGGCGGGCGCCCGGCCCCCGCAGGACGCGCCCAGACAUGCUGGGCGCUCCCAGGGUGGAGGUGGCGCCGGGCCCGCCCUUCCCGGCGUCCUAUAAGGGCCGGGGACCUGGCGGGCAGGCUCACACACCAUGAGGCUGCCUGGGAGACACAGGACCUUGCUGCUGGCCCUCGCGCUCUGCGCCCUCCUGGGUCUCGGGUGCCCGCUCAGCUGCGAGGUGUGCAGGGGCCCCGGGCACACGUGCAGCGGGAGGAUGAAGACUUGCGAGGCCGACAAGGACGCAUGUGUGGUGCUCGUGGGCGAGGCCAGCUCAAAGGGCCGGAAGUCACUGACCACGUUCAAGGCGUGCAUGAAGUUUAAGGACUGCUACUCGGGCUUCGUGUCCACCACCAUGACCCCCGGCGACUACAUGGUGUCCAACGCCCACUGCUGCCAGACGGACGGCUGCAACAGCGGCUCGGUACCCCCUCCCCUGAACAACCGAACUGAGAACGGCCUGACUUGCCCCUCCUGCCUCGCGCCCUUCCAUGAGACGUGCCCGGGCACCCAGACGGCCCGCUGCGUGGGCCCCGAGACACACUGCAUCUAUUUCGCUGGCAACGUGCAGGCUGGCAUCAUCAACACCAAGUUCGCCAUGAGGGGCUGCGCCACGCCCAGCGCCUGCCACACGCAGCCAGGAGCUGAGGUCCCCUCAGCCUACUAUCUCUACUUCCUGCGCAGGGCAGACUGUGACCGUGCCCUGUACCCCCUGGGCAGGGGAGAGUGAGCCCCACACUCCACGUCCUGGAAAUUAAAACAGAUGAACAAA